GUGGCUUAAAAAGGGAUGCGGGAGACCAUGAUGUUGUUACUGGGUGUGCUAACUUGCCCCCUCUUGAAUAGAUACUCCAACUUGAUAGCUCUCCUUUGGACCCCUGAUUUCAAAAUCUCUCUUGUAAUUCUUUUUCUCCUUCAGUCAUGGUGGGUUCUGCCCGAUAAGGAAACCGUAAACAUCUGGUAUGACUGCUUACUGGACAGCACCAAUCAGACCUGGGUCUGCCACACAGUGUCUGAAAGUGCAUGGCUUCAAGCAGUCCAGGCCUUCAUGGUGUUAAGUCUCCUAUUCUCCAGUUUUGCCUUCAUUAUCUUCAUGUGCCAACUCUACACCAUGAAGCGGGGAAGUCUGUUUUAUGCCACUGGAAUUUUCCAGUUACUUACUGCUAUCUCGGUGUUCACAGCUGCCGUGAUCUACACCGUCCAUGUGGACGAGUUCCAGCAUGGCCGGUUGCCGGGUGGCUCUUUUGGCUACUGUUUCGUACUGGCGUGGCUUUCCUUCCCUUUGGCUCUCAUCAGUGGAGUCAUUUACAUCCACCUUCGAAAAAAGGAGUGACCCUCAGCUGGGAGAUCUCCCCAUUUGCCCUUGGAAAGGGGUCUGUUGUCCUCUGAAUUUAGCUAUGUAUUAACUCUUUUGCUGUUUCCAAAGGAAGUCAUGGCACAAAGUCUUCUGUGAUGCGUGGCUUGAUCAUUUGGGGUGAUUGCAUUUUGAGUGCAUCACCUCUUAUUUGCACAAUAUCAUGUACUCCCUAUGAUGUGGCAAGUUAAAGUGUGCUAUUUUACACUGGGCAUUUCCUUGAUUUCUAAAUUAUUAGACUUGCUCUAAACCAGCGGUCCCCAACUGUUUUCAGACUGCAGACCGCUUGGGGGCUGUGGGCUCCGUGCGCAGGGGGGCAGGGGCACCCUUGCGCUUGUGGGUGGGCAUGUCACGCUCACGGGUGGAUGUGUCAUGUUUGUGGGAUGGACAUGUCAUGCUUGCGGAGGGGCGUGUUGCUCUCAUGCGCAUGUCUGCAAGCGUGACAUGCCCACCAAGCGUGACAUGCCCACCCCAUGAGCGUGACACGCUCCUCAACAAGCGUGACAUGCCCAUUGUGCAUGGGUGCAGGGGGGCGGAGAUCCGUGUCUGCAGCCCAGUUCAAGGAAGCCCAUGGACCGGCACUGGGCCGCGGACCGGGGGUUGGGGACCCCUGCUCUAAACAACUGAAUUUGUUUCCCAGAAAAAUGACAUGCCAUGUACCAUGAUAAAGCUUAAUUCAGGGAACAUAUCAGUUCUCCAGCUAGAAAUGGUUGCUUUGGCCUUGAUUUUUAAAAAUUAUAUACAGGAAAUAGAACCAACUUUUAUUUUUCCAAAGUGGGGGUGUAGGAAUCCCCUUGUUAUUUUUGUAAGCUCGUUCAUAUUCUACAGCAUGGCCAGCAAUAUUUGAUUUCCUAAACCAAUCAGUAUUAUGAGUGCCUAUUUUUAAAGGAAAAAAGCAUAGGUUGAGUAAUGUUGUUCUGGAAUAUUUCUGUUCAAAAUUAAAACCUGCAGCCACUUCCAGCAUUCAUUAAACUAUAAUUAUGUUCUAAACGGAGAGAUGAAUAACAUUUUCUAUCUCAUAAUCUCUUUCUAUGACUUGGUAUAUUUCAGUCUUUUCAUAUUUGCAGUUUGGAAGCUAAAGUAAUAGGGAUGGGAGAUAGCUCUAAUAAAUUCUAUUUUUUAAGGUCCUGAAACCUUUUAAAGUUUUUAAGAAUAAAACUGGCAAUUUGCAUAUGCAAAUUUUCUUUAUCCAGUAAAUCUUUUCAUGAACUGAAAAUCUAAAAUUACUAGGUGUUAAGAUAAUACAGUUGAAACUGGCUGUGAACAUUACCCACAUAAUGAGUUUUAUCCCCUGAAUCUCAAGCCAAUUAAGCAAGCAUGUUUUUUCAUGUGAUAUUACAAGCACUUAAAAAAUAAAUAAUACAUUUGGAA